AGAGACGCGAACAAUAUCUAAAGAGCUUCUUCUUCUAGUUCUAGGUCUUGGACGCGACAACAGCUGCCAACUACUUCAGUUUCAACAUUCUACAGGAAUCAUGAAGCCAGUCUUCUGUGGGAACUUUGAGUAUGAUGCGCGUGAGGGUGAUCUUGAACGGCUAUUCAGGAAAUACGGAAGGGUUGAGAGGGUGGAUAUGAAAGCUGGAUGUCCAGCCCAUGGAUGGAUGGACCUUAAGGAAACAUCCAUCUCAUUCUCUUCCCUCAAAACGAGUCUCACUUUCCAUCCACAAUGACAUUUGCCAUCUUAACCUGCAUUUCAUUCUUCAUCGCAUUCCACUCUUGGGCACAUACAUGCCUCUUGGAAACAUUUCAUUCACAUCCCCCCGUCUGACUUCCACAUUUUCACUUCUUCCUUGACAUAUUAUUUCCCAUAAUGCAAGGGUUUGCUUUCGUGUACAUGGAAGAUGAGAGGGAUGCUGAAGAUGCUAUCCGAGCCCUUGACCGCAUUGAAUUUGGGCGCAAGGGACGUAGACUCCGUGUUGAGUGGACUAAGGGUGAGCGUGGAGGUGAUAGAAGAUCUGGUGGUGGUUCAAGGAGAUCCUCAUCCAUGAGGCCUUCCAAGACUCUGUUUGUGAUCAACUUCGAUGCGGAUAAUACUAGGACCAGGGAUCUAGAGAGACACUUUGAACCUUAUGGCAAAAUUGUGAACGUUAGGAUCAGGAGGAACUUUGCAUUUGUCCAAUACGAGGAGCAAGAGGAUGCCACUAGAGCAUUGGAUGCUACCAAUAACAGUAAGCUGAUGGAUAAGGUGAUCUCGGUGGAGUAUGCCAUGAAAGAUGAUGAUGCAAGAGGGAACGGACACAGUCCUGAAAGACGCCGUGAUAGGUCACCUGAAAGGAGAAGACGAUCACCUUCUCCUUACAAGAGAGAAAGAGGGAGCCCUGACUAUGGCCGAGGUGGUAGUCCCGUUGCUGCAUACAAAAGGGAAAGGACCAGUCCUGAUUACGGCAGAAGACGUAGCCCAAGUCCUUACAAGAGAACAAGGCGUAGCAGUCCCGAGUAUGGUCGCGACCGCCACAGAGGCAAUGAGAGUCCUCGGAGGAGGGAGAGGGGUGCAAGCCCCAGGUACAGCCGCAGUCCUGACAACAAGAGAGAGAGGGUGAGCCCUGAUCGCAGCCCGUUAAAGAAGGAGAGCUCGCAGAAUGGAGAUGGUGAGGUUGAUAGCCCAAAUGAAAGGAGGGAGAGGUCGAGGUCUAGCCCUGAGAAUGGCCAAGUUGAAAGCCCUGGCUCUAUUGGGAGGAGGGACAGUGAUGGUGGCUAUGAUGGUGCUGAUAGCCCAAUGCAGAAGAGCCGGUCUCGUUCGCCUCCAGCUGAAGAGUGAAUGAAAAAGUGGAUCCAACCAUCUCUAUCAAAGUAGGAUGUUGUAACUGUUCUGUAGUCAAACUCUGUGUCCUGUGUUUAGUCUCUUUCUCUUCUGAUACCUUUGAACGCGGAUCUCUUUUAUUGUUGGAUUGAAAAACUCUCUCUUGUGUGCUUAAAUGUGCCAAUGUUACUGAAUUGUUCGUUUUUUUA